AACCCAGUGUGCCGUGGGCUUGUAUUCACAGUCUCGACGCUUGCCCGAGCCGUGCAAACCAACGUUAGCUCUCGUCCUGACAGCACGCGUCAUUGCUGGAUUUUCAACGCUACUUCUCUGCAUUUUCAUCAGCUUUUACAACCACUCAACGGUUCAAAAUGCCAGAGGUGGACUGCUCUCAGUUUUUACAGUUGCCUGAUAAGUCUUCAAGCGACUUCAACAAGCCCAGUCCGUUAGCUCUCCUUGCGGCAACGUGUAACAAAAUCGGUGGCCCAGCGCCCAAUGCCUCCAAGCCUUCGCUUGCGCCACCCGCACAGCACCAGCCGGCAGCGACUCAGCCAGCAAAGGCCGACCGUGUCCCGGGCUACUUUCCUCCCGUGCAGGCAUCCUCUGCAUCGGUCGUUGGCACGACAACGCUGUCACCGCAUCACGCUGUGGUGCCUGCCCUGCCGAGGUGCGAGCUGCCUCCUACCCCUCCUGCCGAGCCGUUCCCUGGGUGCAUGCCUCCAGCCCUGCUGCAUGGCACCCCCGUCACAACGACGGUGUGUCCGCAUUCAGUCGCUGCAGCCGCAGCGUACUUCAACGCGUUCCACCCGCCAGCCUCAGCCUGCCCCGUGGGACUCACUCAGCUUCCCGGAGGCCCAUCGUCUACUCACUGCCAUGGGGUUCAUGGAUUAGAGCACUUGCAGCCUCUAUUGCCUAGCGGUAUGCUAUCCCCACCUCAUUCCUUCAACAUCCCGCUGACCGUGCAGCCCACUCCAGAAGAAGUGCCGUGGUGGAGUGUCUCGACCCCAAGUCACCCAGUGCCCUCCUCACCACUCACUCCUCCAUCACCCGGACUCUGCAGCUUCGCCGGCCCCAUAUUCCACCAGCAGUCUCCCGUCAACGGCUAUUCCCCGUACCAGUACCCUGGACUUUUCGACCACAAGUCAUCCCUGGCAAAGCUGGCCGCCAGACGCUGCCGGCGUUGCCGGUGUCCCAACUGCCAGAACGCCAGCAACUCCGGCGAGCCCACCAAGCGGAAGCAGCACAUCUGUCACAUCCCAGGCUGCGGCAAGGUCUACGGCAAGACGUCCCACCUCAAGGCCCACCUGCGCUGGCACUCCGGGGAGCGGCCCUUCGUCUGCAACUGGCUGUUCUGCGGUAAGAGCUUCACCCGGUCGGACGAGCUCCAGCGGCACCUUCGCACGCACACCGGGGAGAAGCGCUUCAUUUGCCCCGACUGCGGCAAGCGAUUCAUGCGGAGCGACCACCUGUCCAAGCAUCUGAAGACACACUCGCUGAAGAAGGCAGAAGCAGAUGCCAAGCUCAUCGAUGAGGAGGAAUGUGAGGACGACACGCAAGAUGAAAUCUUGGAUGUCACUUCUUAAGACUAAAUCUUGAGAAAUGCAUCUCAUUGCAGUGGCUGAACUUUUGAACUUUGUCCAGUGACACUAUUGGAAAUUCAUACAUUCCACCCUUGAGUUGAUACGUAAUUUUCACUUCUGAAGAAGUUGCCAAUUUUUGCCAGUUAAAAAGAAUUUGUAGUUGAAUUAUGAAUUCCAAACGGCUUUCGAACAUUUGACCUGUGCCAAAUAACAUGCAUAUGCAUUUUGACUUUAAUGAACAAUUAAGGUUGAUUUUCGUAACGUGCGCCUGAUUUGGAGUUUUUGAUAUACAUUUACUUUUGUGUUGUUUUUUUAUUGAAAUGAAUGUAGUAAUUAUUCAUCUUUUAAAGGACGACCUGAGGGUUUUGGAAUAUUAAAUUAUUUGAAUGUUUUCAUUGAAGAUGUGUA